AAGGUCUAUGCUCGACCUAGCGGCCCACACCUACGUACCGAUACGUAACCAACAGCAGGCAGAUGCAUCACGACUUGUCAUUUCUCUGUCGCCAACAACAUCCGCUCUGUUACUUGCGAUCUGCGCACUUCCUUGAGUCGCGCCAUUCAGUUGGUCCGCUCGCGUUUUGGGUCGACACCCGCCAAGGACGCCCGGCAGCAGUUCAUCAACCUCUCGACGACCCCACGAACUGCGUCCUCGCGCACGCGUUCGCGAACAGCAGUUCUCUCGACCAAAACUAUCUGCCCUCAAGAUGAUGGGGUGGUGGUCGUCUGGGGCUAACAGUGCCCUAGAUGAGCAGAUAGACAAGGCUACGAGCAGCAGCCUUGAAGAUAUCGCCCUCAAUCUCGAGAUUUCCGAUGUAAUUAGAUCGAAAACGGUCCAGCCCAAAGAAGCCAUGCGCUCCCUGAAAAAGCGCAUCAACAAUAAGAACCCCAACACCCAGCUCAGCGCCCUAAACCUCACCGACACUUGUGUGAAAAAUGGCGGUUCCCAUUUCCUUACCGAAAUUGCGUCUCGAGAGUUCAUGGAGAGCUUGGUGUCCCUUCUGAAGGCUGCCGGCCCCGCUACCGUAAACGCCGAAGUGCGGGCCAAAAUUCUUGAGCUCAUUCAGUCCUGGGCCACAGCAACCGAGGGCCGCUAUGAACUAGGCUACAUUGGGGAAGUGUACAGGACCCUUCAGCGGGAGGGAUUCCAGUUUCCACCCCGAGUUACCGUCGCCAGCAGCAUGAUCGAUAGUAGCGCGCCUCCUGAAUGGGUUGACUCGGACGUAUGUAUGCGAUGCAGGACCGCAUUCACCUUCACCAACAGGAAACACCACUGUCGCAAUUGUGGCAACUGCUUCGACCAGCAAUGCUCCAGCAAGACGCUCCCCCUUCCUCAUCUUGGCAUCAUGCAGCCGGUUCGCGUGGACGAUGGGUGCUACGCCAGACUUACCGACAAGUCAUCUAGAAGCGGAGGAUAUGGCCAAGAACGUUCCCCCACUUACUCGUCGUUUCCAGCCAAAGUCCGAGGAUCUUCCAUGCAGCCACGGAACGCUCGGGUGGAUGAUGGCUUUGACGAAGAUCUCAAGAAGGCCCUGGCGAUGAGCCUUGAGGAAGUACAGAAACAUUCUCUUGGCUAUGCCCCCUCUGCGACGAAUGGAACAUCUGUCAGUCAGCCGAAGGUCAACGGGAACUCGCCAUCCAAGGUUGCUGAAGAGGAGGACGAGGACCUGAAGGCUGCCAUUGCAGCCUCAUUGGCAGAUAUGGAGGAACAAAAGAAGAAACAUGCUGCGGCGCUGAAGGAGCAAGCCUCCAAUGUGGCGUCAUCGUCCUCAACCGUGCCUUUUGCACUUCCGAAAAACGACUACGAGCUGACGCCUGUGGAAGCGGAGAACAUCAAUUUGUUCGCCACUCUUGUCGACCGCCUCCAAACGCAACCCCCAGGGACGAUUCUUCGCGAGCCGCAAAUUCAAGAACUCUACGACAGCAUUGGUGCUCUGCGGCCGAAGCUCGCUCGGACGUAUGGGGAGACCAUGAGCAAGCACGACACACUACUUGACUUGCAUGCGAAGCUUUCGACAGUUGUGCGUUACUACGAUCGGAUGCUCGAGGAGCGCUUAUCCAAAGCCUAUAGCCAGCACAGCAUAGGGGGCUACAAUCUUCCACCGCCGAGGCAAGCCCCUGGUCCGUAUCCUUCAUUGGCACCAAGUGCACCGGGCGCCGCCGGACCGGCGGAGAACUUCUACACUGGCGAGCAGCAGCAGGAUUACAGCCGCCCAGUGGCCCCGCCUGCAUAUCCCCAACCAACACCGCAGCCGCAAUAUGGAGCAUACGACAAGCGAGGUUCCGUUGCCGGGCCUCCGAGCAACCAAUACCCCCCUCAACAGAUGCCUCAUCACACAGGAAGCUGGGGCCCUGCGUUGCCCGCCCAGGCACCGCAGUAUCACCAGCAACCAAGCUAUCCGCCGAAUGCAGCCUCGGCUCCUCCGGAUCAAUCGCAACAGGCACCGGCUUCGGGGCAGUUAUCCGUGCCUGCCGCAGGCGAUUCCGUCGGCACUACCCCGACUGCCGAUCCCAACGCAUCCUACUAUCUCAACUCACAACCUCAGCAACAGCCUCAGCAGCCUUCUAGCUCUCAGGCCGACCCUACCAUGUCCCCCUAUCCCAACCUUGUUCAAUCGAUGCAUUCGUAUCAACCGUCCCUCCCUCAGACGCCCGCAUCUAUCCCAGCUCAACCGUCUCAGCCGCAGCAGACGCACCAGGCACCGCCCCAAGCUCAGCAACCGUACUGGCAGCAUCCUGCCGCUCAGCAGACGCAGCUGCCGCCUGUCUGGCAAUCGCAAGCUCCUCCUAGUGCUGCAUACGCCGGCUACGCCCAGGAUGCCUUCCCUUCUGUCCCACAACAUGCUCCCAAGCAGCCGCAGCAGCCAGUUAUGGAGGAAAGCUUGAUCGAUCUUUGAAUGCAGAGGUGGCGUUUUUGGAGUCAGGCGAGAAUCAUAGUCCAGAAGAAAGGGUUGUUCGGAUGGGAGAAUGUGGGGCAUUGGCUAGGAUCCUGUCUAGUAGGGCGUUUCGGGAAAGGACAAUCAAGGCGCUUCAUCUUGGGGGAGGAGGUGGGGUGGGGGGUAGAUGUCAAUUGUGUAUAACAUGCAGCGGAAUGGUUGGGGAAGAAUGGUAGGACGGUAUUUCCAACAAUCGCGCCGUCCUUCUUCGAUCAUUUGCCAACAUGUUGGCUAUCAGUGCGUCGGCUCAUAACUUUCUAGGUGUCCGCUAGUCAGUCUAACAAGACACACAUGAGUGGUUCUAGACAGCGUGCUUCGUACAUGAGGACUAGUGAGAACGGGUCGAGUUACCAUUCACGAUAAGAGUUAUCCAUUGGAAUGGGACUAUUCAUAAGGAAUCUCAAGAGAUCUGUGGUCGUGUUCC